AUGCGUAUUGAGAAGCUGCACGUCUCCAGUUACUUCACGGUGAGGCAAGCUGCCGAGAAGGACACCCUUCCCUAUGACGAGCUCGUAAAAAUUUUCUCGACUAUUUCACCAGAGGAUUCAAACGGCGCGAGCACUGGAAAAACUCCCUCUAAAAGCGGCGGACACUUUAGGCUUGGCCGUCACGCCAAACAGGAGGGAAGCAAGGGCCAAGAGGACGAAGAGCAGGAGAUGUACUCCAUGAACCCUUUCCACCAAAUAGCUCGAGCUAUUCGGCCGAUCCUGAUGGGCCUGCUCGAAGUGGUCGUCAGCAUCCUAUUUUGA